CUAAAAGUUGUGAAGAUGUUAACAUAAACAACCAUAAACAAUUGCGGUAUCGGUGCUAGCUUUUAGGUAGCACCGUUUUAAUGACUAAACUAUAAUUAAAUAUUUUAAUUGGGGAAGAAUGGAAGAUAUUUGGCCGGCUGAAGAUGUUUUGAAGAGCCUUUUGUGGACUUUUUGUCAUCUCUUCUACCAUCCAGGCAGCAAGGUGUACUGCAGCUCUGCAGCCUUACAUGGUGAAAUGCGAGACUGCUCUGACCUCAGACGAGAAAGAGAGGAAGACGCAGAGUGAGAGAAACAACCCGACUGACACAGAAAACCACGGCAGGCCAGAGAAAACAGACAACGCCUCUGCUGCUAGUCAGCAGAGAAGGAGAUUUCUUCUCUGCUGACCAAAGAGGAUGUCGAUGAAGAUGGCUGCCGUCUCCACCAUCUCUCUGCUCCUGCUCUGCUGCGUAGCCAUCUCCCUCGCAGAUUCUCAGGAUGGUUGCGACUACAAUGCUAUAAAAGGAAAGGACUUCACUGUGCCUCUGUCCUCAAAACUGGAACCGUAUCACCAACUAAAAUGGAGGCACAACAAUACAGUAAUCGUAGUUCGAAGAACAGCCAACGUUUUUGUCGUGGGGAAUAACACGGACGUUUCUAAAAAUGGUUCCCUGCUGCUCAAGAAUCUGAAGGAUAGCGACAACGGGAUAUACACCGCAGAAUUGUUUACGUCAGAUGGAACUAAAACAGGGGAACCGAAAAGCAUAAAGUUAUGUAUAUUUGACCAUGUCCUAAAGCCCAAAGUGAUGAAGGAUUGUUCCUUACCCUUUGUCACAUUUACCUGCCAAGUUACAGCCAAGGAUCUCAAAUUUGCAUGGCUUCAGAACAAAAAUGUAUUAGAAAAGGAGAUAACCCAGACUCUGAAACGAAAGGCUGAAGAGGUGGAAAAUGAUUUCUUCCAAUGCAAAGUUUCCAACCCCGUCAGCUCUGAGACCAGUGACUCUGUUACACAGGAGUCGUGCUAUACGCGCAAUUCCAUUAUACCAGAAAAACUAUUCGGAAUUAAUACCUGGGUUUUCGUGGGCGCCGGAAUAGGUAUUAUUGUGGUGCUGAUUUUCGCUGUUAUUGUUUACUGCGCCUGCAGAAAACGUAAAAAACGCAUGCGACUGAAGGACGAGGAGGAGCUUCGUUUGGCGUGGACCAACGAGCAGCAACAACAUCAUCAACAUCAACAUAAUCAUCCUACCGAUCCACGUCAUCACCGUUGCCAGCAGCAGCCGGCCGGCCACACCGGUCCUCGCCAACAUCGCUCCAAACAGCACCGCGAGCAGCAGCAGCAGCAGCAGCAGCAUCCCCGAGCUCUGGAACCGCCCGGAGCUUACCCUGAGCCCAGCCCCCGACGACUUCCACAGACCCCACGACAAGUUGAAAAAACUGAUGAUGACGAGCAGCCUCCUCCUCUUCCUCAGCCCAGGAAGAAAGCUGUCAAAAUACAAAGAGUAUGACACCAUGUGAGUGUUGGAGUUUAGGGAACUUAAUCACUCCCUUUUCUUUUCUGGGUUCACCUUCUCUUCUUAUUCUCUUCUUACCCUCCCCCAGACUUCUCAAUUGAUGUUUUUGUUCAAACUCAGCAAGAAAAAAAAAAAGCAGAUUAAAGACCCUUUACUCCUCCACAGCUCGGCGUUAAACAUUAUGAUUUCAUCAGGAUGUGGUCAUAAUCUCAAAAUAUUAUUUUAGUAUAGGAUAUUAUAGUUAUUUUUGUACUUUUCUAGUUUUUAACAUAUAAGUCAUCUUCUUAAUACUUGAGCAAAUUACAUGUUUACUGUGUCAGAUAACAUAACAUGAAUGAACAAAAGGAACUCUUAACUUCCCUCUGAUAUGUCGACUGUAUUUAACAUGGAAAGGAACUCAAAAAUAAUGAGCAAAAUUCCGCAAACUAUCUGCUGAGGAAGACCAUGAGAUUCCAAAAAGUUCAGGAAAAAGCUGAUUUUUUUUAUCUCUGAUCGAGCCUAAAUCCAGCAAGAAAUACUGGAUGCUAUUACAAACUCAAGGAGGGAGAAUUUACUCAAAGUAAAUACGCCUAUUUCCCUGAAUGUCAAACUAUUCCUUCAAACAAACAAUAAUUAUUUAUUCUCCAUCUCAUUUCACAUUUACUGUUUUUUUUCCUCAUUGAUUUUACUUUCUACUUCUACACUUUUUAUGUACAUUUGUAUGCAGUUCUUUGUAAUUUCUUCUAAUUUCUUCUUUUGUAUUUGUGCUGUGAACUGCCGCAUUAAAUCAUACAAAGACCGGUCACAUUUUCUUUGCUGAAAGAAACAAACUACUUUUUUACUUACUUUAUUCACUUUAUUUUCUACUGUUUUUUGUUUUUUUAAACUUGCUCAUCCUUCAAUGUUGGUUUUUAAAAGGACAGACAGGUUAAUUGGAUCAUAGUAAUAAUGUGAAUAAAUGUGUUUUUAUGCAGAAAACAGAUCAUCAUAACCAACAAAAUGUACCAGAGCCUUUACUUUUAUAUCCAUCUAAGUAUCUGCUUUUAAUGUAAAAAUGUCAAAUAAACGAUACGCUGUGAGCUUUUUAA